AACUGAAACCAUGCUGAAGUGGCUGUCCGGUGAAGAGGGGGAGCCUGGGUCUGCAGGCCCGGGCUCUCCCCACAGGGCCGCUGGCGGUGGAGAGCUUGCUGUAGAAGAAAUGGCCGAGCGGCUGACCCAAACUGAGCAGCUGGUCACUCAGCUGAAGGAGUUGAUCCGAGAAAAGGAUGCAACGCUCCGCACCAAAGAUGAGCAGCUCAAGGUGGAGAAGGAGGCGUGUGAUGCCAAACUGUCAAAGCUGCGUCUCCAGAACAAGGCCAAGGUGACGUCCCUCACGACCCAGCUGGAGGAGCUGAAGAAACAACAGGGAGGUCAGGUUACACCAACACACAGCAAGAAGGGAUCAUCAGAAGCAGGAGAGCAAGCCAGUCGGGGCAAGAUUGUCUUACUGAAGAAGAAAGUUGAGGAACUAGAACAGCAACUUGCACAAAGAAACAAUGAACUGGAAAACAAGCGGAAGGAGGUGGAGUCACAGCGGCAGCGAGGCGAGGAAAUGGACACGAUGCUGACAGAGAAGGACCGGAAACUGGCGGAGAAGGAGGCGUACAUCGUCCACCUGCAAACAGCAUUGGCAGGAGAUCAGCCCAUCUCACCUGCACCGCAACAAAAGGUGGAGGACGGCGGAGCAAUGCAGGAGCUCCAGCUGCUGGUGCAGAGUCUGACCAGGAAGGUGGGAGAAGCAGAGGAGCGCUACAGUCUCCUGCAGGAGCAGACGGAGAGCCUGAAAGAGCUGCUGGUCACAGAGAAGGAGCAGUACGGUCAGAAGGAGAACAUGUACAAACAGAAUAUCCAGACAUUCAAAGACAUCAUCAUUCAGAAAGAUAACCAGCUGAUGGAGAUCAACCAGAUGCACGAGCAGGAGCUCUUCAAGCUCGCAGCAAAGUCUGAUGCCAGCGCCGACCUGGAGCAGCUCUUGAAGGCUCUAAAACAGAAGCUCCAUGAGAAGGAGGAGGUGCUGCUGGGUAAAACGCAGGUCAUUGAUGUUCUCCAGGGAGAAGUUGAUGGAAGGGACCAACAGAUAAAGGAGCUGACUGAGAGGCUCCGUCGGCUACAGGUUGAACGAGAGAGCAUGGCGUCCAAGAUGGAGGCAGAGAAGCACGUGAUGCGAGCACAACUCCGCGAUCUGAUGGAGAAACAGCAGGCAGAGGUUCAGCGACUGACCGAGCAGCAUCGCUCAAUGAUGGACCAAGCCCAGCAGGAUUUCCUGGAGCAGCUGGAGGAGCUGAGGAGGACCUCGGUAGCAGCGCCACCUGCCAGUCAGGAGGCCUCAGCGACGGGAAGCACGACUGCUGAUUCAGCCUCCAUCGAAAGAAUAGCUGAGCUGGAAGCAAAAGCAAAACAAAAAACGGACGAAGCCAGCAGAUCAGAAGCGAAGUUCCUGAAGAUGAAAGCUUGGUCGAAAUCUCGGAUCAGACAGUUGGAGGAUGAGCUGAAGAAAAGCCAAGCCGGAGACGCCCCCCCGGAUCUGACGGCCCUGCGGAGUCAUAUCACGGCACUGGAGGAGGAGAGGGAGGAAAACCUCUGGAAGGUUGAGCAGUACGAGGAGCUCAAAACAAAGAACGAAAUGCUGGAGGCUAAGCUGGUGGUGUACGAGGAGCAACAGAGGACUCUACAGGCGGACCUGGAGCAGUUCACCAAGAGGGCCGCCUCUCAGGCCAGUGAGUCAGGAAGUGCAGAUGACACUCAGAGUCAGGUGUUGGAAUGGCAGGAGAUGGUGGCGGAGGCUGUCAGCGCCAGGGACCGGGCCAGGGAGGAGAAGGUUGCCAUGACCCUCCGCAUCAGCCACAUGGAGGAGGAAAGAGAGGGUAAGAGCUUCUGUUAGAGCAGCCAUCCUCAAUUUACUUAAAAUCAAAUUCUAUAUUUUAGUGUGGGACUUUAACCCAGUGAUGAGAUCCGC